CAAAUGUCGUAUUUUCAAACCCCAUUGCAGUGAUAGCGGCGGCCGAAGACACUAUUCUCACGUCGCUGAGCCUUUAAACCCCAUGUCGAUCAUGACUUCACCACAACGAGCACCCCGGGUUUGCCGGAUAUGCAAGGCCAAGAAGAAAGCAUGCGGUAAAGAAUUACCUACCUGUUCCUACUGCUUCAAACGUGGCUUCGACUGCGUUUACGAAGACGAGAGCGAUACACCUCCAAUUAGCGACAAUGCAGCAGAGGUGUUCAAACCAUGGUCUCUUACAUUAUUCCCCAUGUCCAUUUCCACUACCACUUUGGACAGAACGAUGGCUUAUCAUCUGCACUACUUUUACGAAGUAGUCGGCCAAUCUCCCCUUCAAGCUGGGAAACGCUUCCUUGACAACUUUCAGAGGUGGUUACCCAUCAUGGCCCCACGGCGCCUGCAUGAGCAUGUUGAAUUAAGCGAGCGAGGACUUCCCGGGGCUGACGUUUCUGUUCUUUUGCUCUCGAUAUGCCUUGUCACUCUAAGGUCCGGAGGGGACUUGGCUGAUCUUUUCCUCCAUCAUUCUGCAGUACAUGUGACUGUAAAAACACUUUACGCUCAGGUUCAGGCGAUCACGCAUGCUAGCAUACCUCUAAUCCAGACUGGUGUUAUCUUAUCGGCUUAUGAGUAUGCUAGUGGCCAGAUUGGCUCAGCUUACAUAUCUAUUGCUGCAUGCAUUAGAAUGGCACAGGUUGUUGGUGUUGACGCUGCAUAUGAUAAGCUGGGUGCUGUUCAAGAAGAGACAAGGCUACAUGCGACGUCAGAGUGGAACUUGUGGUGGUCCAUUAUCGUCCUGGAAAGGUUUAUCUUGCUAGAGUACAGUAAUACCGGACGCCGAGAUCGCAUGGCAGUCUGCCCAAGUUCCGACGUACCUUUACCUUCUGACACAGAAUCCAACAGCGAAUACAUUCCCACGUAUUGCACAAUGUCUUCUUCAACUAUUCAGGGCUCUUCCGGUUUGAGCAGUUUCGGCCGACAGGCGCAAGCUAUCUAUUUGCUUGACCACUGCUUGAAUGAGACGAGUCAGUCUGAGCAACGCGAUUCAGAAGAGCGAAUCUUGAAGCUACAGCAAUUGGACAAAGACUUGCAAAAACGGCUGUCUGUGUUCAUGACACAGACACCGCAUGAGCCUGGGCUUCGUUGUGGGACUAUCGCGACAGUCCUUAUACAUUCUACACGAGGAGAUAUUGUCGAUAGCGGGCUCGUUGCCUGUAGACGCUGA